CGCGCGCCGCUCGCGCCACGUAGGUCCCGGCGCAGCCGCCGGGUGUUGCCUCCGAGGACCAGCCAUGGGCAGCGCAGCCCCGCACUCCGCCUCGUGGCUGCUGCUGCCGCUCCUGCUGCUCCUGCUGCGGGCCGAGCGGCUGCGGGGCGCCGAGCUCACCUUCGAGCUGCCGGACAGCGCCAAGCAGUGCUUCCACGAGGACGUGGAGCAGGGCGUCAGGUUCUCUCUGGACUACCAGGUCAUCAGUGGAGGCCACUACGACGUCGACUGCUACGUGCAGGAUCCCCUGGGAAACACCAUCUACAAGGAGACCAAGAAGCAGUAUGACAGCUUCACGUACCAGGCCCAGGUCAAGGGCGUGUAUCAGUUUUGCUUCAGUAACGAGUUUUCCACCUUCUCUCACAAGACCGUCUAUUUUGACUUUCAAGUGGGCGACGAGCCCCCCAUUCUCCCGGAAAUGGGGAACAGGGUCACAGCGCUCACCCAGAUGGAGUCUGCCUGUGUGACCAUCCACGAGGCCCUGAAGACGGUGAUCGAGUCCCAGACGCACUACCGGCUCCGGGAAGCCCAGGACCGGGCCCGCGCUGAGGACCUGAACAGCCGGGUGUCCUACUGGUCCGUCGGCGAGACCAUCGCCCUGUUCGUGGUCAGCGUCAGCCAGGUGCUGCUGCUGAAAAGCUUCUUCACGGAGAAGCGGCCGGCCGGCAGGGCAGUCCACUCCUAGCGGGGGUGUCCCCUGCCGGGGCUCCUCACGACCAAGGCCACGGCCGCCCGAGGGCGGUGAGUGCAGCCCCAGGCGAGGCAGACGUGCGCUCACCUCUCCUUCCACUCAGGUGCUUCACCCUCGUCCCUCAGUUGCAGAGUCCACGGCGCGCAGCGGUUGGAAGGUGUCUCACCGCGGUGCUGAGUGAAGUUCACAGUCAGGACACGGACAGGCUGCUGGGCGGGUGGGGCACGGCCUCCAGUGCCUCGACUGCCGGGGGCACCUCCAGCCGCUCCCUCUGCUCCGCGGCGCCGGGUCUCACCUGGCCUGUGUCCUGUGCGGUGUGCAGAGGAGGGGGGCCUGGGCCGGCCGUGCCUCCCACGGAGCUCUCUGUCCUGGGAAGCCAGGCCCCAAGGCCGCUCCGCAGAAACUCACACCCCACGCAGCACGGCCACCAGCUCUGCCUGCAGGGACGGAGGGGUGACGGGGCACCCCGGGUCAGCUGUGUGUCUCGUCUCGGGGGUGGCAGCACCCUGGCUAAUAAAGACUCUGCAGGA